UUUGCUGGCUUGUUUCUACCCUGCCACCAAGCUCGUCGAUGCAAUUGGUCUCGAUUCUCGAUCAUCAACAAGUACCAACUGAAUUCAGAACAUACAUGCAUUCACUUACUGAGGACUGCAGCCAGCUUGUAGUACAUUUCGACCUUGUUAUCUAGCUAGCUAGUGAUCUCGGGCCUUUGAAUGUCCCUUUGGCGUGGUGAUUUCCUUAUCGUAUUUCUUACAAGAAAAGCUAGCUAGGAAAGGGUAUCUUCGCCAUCCCGCACGACAAUCAAUCAAUCAAUCAAUCAAUCAACCACCAUGAGCGAAGAACAGCAACACAAAAAAGUCUGGAACGAGGAUUUGGUUCGCGCCUUGCGAGCACGGCACCAGCAAGCUUGGCAGCAGCAAAAACAAUCGCAACAUCAAUGGAGACAAGGCGCCGAAGCGGUGGAAAAGAUUCGAAAGGAUAUUCGCCUUACCAAAACGGGAAAGAUCUUCAACCUGGAUGCCAAGCUGCUCACCAAGACUGUGUACGAAGAAUGUGUCAAAAUCAUAAAGGGACAAGCGGACAUUGAGCCUCCAGGAUUCAGCCCUCUCAGCGAAGCAGAACUGAUGCACGCACGGGAUAAUACUGUGAAUCCGUACAUCACCAAUAUGCAGAAGAACUCUGGUGCCUACGCCAUUCUGCUGGCCUUCUACAUCAGUGGAAAAGACAGCCUCAGCAAGCAAGAGAUAAUUGCUCUUGGACAACAGUUCUGUAGUUCUGAAAUGGAAGCUAACUACUUUGCAGGGCGCUUGUAUGGAGCUUGGAAGUCUAAGGAUACUUUGAUUAGGCAUGGACUCAUUACGCAGCACAAGACAGGAGCAUCCUAUAUCCCCAACAGGGGCUUUAGGUCCAAUGGAAAACACACUUUUAGCAUUAGUGAGGACGGCAAGAGAGCAACACGCCAAAUGCUGCAGAAAUGGCCAGAUAUCGAUGUACAGCCGGGCAGUGCAUCUGACGGCGUUUCUCAAGGCCAUGCUCAAUCCGCAGCCACACCCACAAGGGGUUAUUCUUCCUCGGCUACUCCCAAAAAGAAGAGCGCAAAGAGCGGGGACGACGAGAAAGAGCUCCUACAAUGGAUCCAAUCCGCUACAGAGGGACAACAGAAAAUGUUCAAGGGACUAGGAAAGGAUCGAAGAAUAUGUCUGCACAAGUUAUGCGAUAAGCUGAAGGGUGAUAAUCCUGGAUUGGAACUGGAGCAUCGGUCCAUAGAUGGAGCAGGAACAAGGAGAGAUCUGUACAUUACCUUGAGAAGAAAACCUGCCGGGCUAUCGCUUGGUGGCCAACCCUAUCCAGCCACUCCCCCCACCAAGAAACGGCAACACACACACCCCAGCGGCAGUGGAGGUCACAAAUUGGGAGCGAGUGCCAAGAAACCCAGAUCUUCUGGUACGGCAGCAGCCUCUGCAGCAUUGGCCAGAUUUGAGCAAAACACACCCAAUCAAAGCCCUGAUAAGGGCGCUUCCCUCUCCCCAAUUCCUAGUCACCAAAUUGUGGAACUAAACGACAGUGACGACGAAGAGGAAGACAGAAAACCUGCUGCCAAGCCAAGCACUGCAGUCUCUGCCCCACCUUCCCUCUCCCCGAUUCCUAGUCACCAAAUUGUGGAACUAAAUGACAGUGAGGACGAAGAGGAAGACAGAAAACCUGCAGCCAAGCCAAGCACUGCAGUCUCUGCCCCACCUUCCCUCUCCUCGAUUCCUAGUCACCAAAUGGUGGACUAAACGACAGUGAGGAUGAAGAGGAAGACAGAAAACCUGCAGCCAAGCCAAACACUACAGUCUCCGCCCCACUUUCCCUCUCCCCGAUUCCUAGUCACCAAAUGGUGGGACUAAACGACAGUGAGGAUGAAGAGGAAGACAGAAAACCUGCAGCCAAGCCAAACACUACAGUCUCCGCCCCACUUUCCCUCUCCCCGAUUCCUAGUCACCAAAUGGUGGGACUAAAUGACAGUGAGGAUGAAGAGGAAGACAGAAAACCUGCUGCAACACCAAGCACUGUAGUCUCCGCCCCCUUUCCCUUUCCCCGAUUCCUAGUCACCAAAUGGUGGAACUAAACCACAGUGAGGAUGAAGAGGAAAACAGAAAACCUGCUGCCAAACCA